CGUCACUCCGGUCUGAACGGACACAACAGGAGAGAUGCAGAGAUAUGGGCUAGGCUGUAAGACAAAAAAAAAAAAAUUGCAGCUUUAUUUAGAAUAGGUCCAUCAUCCUCAGCAGCCUUCCUCAUGGUGCCAUUACCAUCAUCAUCAUCAUCAUCCGACCACUAUCAUCACUAAUCUACUCUAAAUAAUCAUCUCAGGUGACUAGGAGGGAAGAAGCAUGUCUCGCCUCUCUUUGACCCGCUCUCCAGUGUCUCCUCUGGCUACACAGGGCAUCCCUCUUCCUGCUCAGCUGACUAAAGCCAACGCCCCCGUCCACAUCGAUGUAGGAGGACACAUGUACACCAGCAGCUUGGCUACACUCACGAAGUACCCAGACUCAAGAAUCAGUCGGCUGUUUAACGGCACCGAGCCGAUCGUGUUGGACAGUCUGAAACAGCACUAUUUUAUUGACCGAGACGGGGAGAUUUUCCGUUACAUUCUCAGCUACCUCCGCACCAGCAAACUGCUGCUUCCUGAAGACUUCAAGGAAUUCCAGCUGCUGUAUGAGGAGGCGCGUUAUUACCAGCUAAGCCCCAUGGUGAAGGAGCUGGAGCGCUGGAAGCAGGAGCGAGAACAGCGACGGAGAGCUCAGCCCUGUGAAUGCCUGGUGGUGCGCGUGACCCCUGACCUCGGCGAAAGGAUCGCUUUGAGUGGAGACAAAGCUCUCAUCGAGGAGAUCUUCCCCGAGACAGGCGACGUCAUGUGCAACUCGGUCAAUGCCGGCUGGAACCAGGACCCCACUCAUGUUAUUCGCUUUCCGCUGAACGGAUACUGCAGACUCAAUUCUGUACAGGUGCUGGAGAGAUUGUUCCAGAAAGGUUUCACCAUGGUGGCAUCGUGCGGCGGAGGAGUGGACUCGUCUCAGUUCAGUGAGUACAUCCUGAGUCGGGAGGAGAGACGCUGUCAGACCAUCCACACGCCCAUCCGGAUAAAACAGGAGCCGCUGGACUAGCCAAACGCCUCCAUCAGACCCGCAAAAGAUCAGCUGUGGACUAGAAUGAGCUGGGUGUGUACUUCUCUGCUGGCUCACUGGACUAUUAAGGAGCCCAGCACGAUGGAAGUCUAUACAAACAACCGAAGACAUCUGACUGAACACCAAGACUCAGUAGAGAGACAUGUUUAAAAAGUCAAGAUUGCAUUCUGUAUAAUUUGGUCUUCCACUCACUUUAACACUGUUGGUAUAGUAUUCAGUCAUGACCUUGUUUGUGUUUAAAGCAGAAUUCUUUUUUGCACACUAAUCCACGUACCAGUUUUUCCAGUGUGCGUCCCGAACAUCUCGUGCUCCAGUCUUCUGUAAAUCAGACCCCUGCAUGUUCUUGCCAUCAUUUCCGAGAGCAGAAGUGGUUUGAUGAUGAUUGUGGAGUGGAGAAGGGCUGGCUGGCAUUGUGGUCAAAGCGAUAGUGAUACAACAGCGACAUCCUCAUAGCGACGGAGUGAUUUUGUUGCUAAGUGAUCCACAACAUGACGGGCAUGAUGGUU